AAUGCAGUUUUCCAUAUACGUGAAGGACACACACACAUGUAUUAGACAAUAGAAACCAUCAUUUAACAGAAUCAGAAUAAACUUUAUUAGUCAAGUAUGUUGACACCAAUACUGUAUGAGUAAACUUUAACACUUAAAAUCCCCACCACAAAUGUUUGAAGACAUAAAAGCGCUCUGUUUGGAAGUAAUAGUUUGAGUGUGAUAUGGUUUCCCACCCAAAUAUAAAAAUCAAUGAACAAGUAAAAAAUUCUUUAAAUUACAUCUAUCAGAAUCUAUGAACAUGCAAAUAUAAGUAAGUAUGUUGGACCAAUGAUUCGUUCUGAUGUCACAAAAUCAUGCUUGUACUGUACAUCUUAAAUUCAGAUUUCAGGUGAGCACAGCAGAUUCAUUUAAAACAGCUUUAUAGUGUCAAACUCUGCACAUACUGUACAUCGUUCUACACAGUGAAGCUCAAACAUCCCAGUGAAAGAACAAUAAGCAAAACACAUGUGAGUGGAGGGGGAACUUCAAACAUAGUGCAGCGAACACAUUUACAUGUACAGGAGGAUACAAAUACAGACAUGCAGCUAAACAAAUGUGCACUGCAAUGCAGUGGUUCCAAACCUAGGGGUCGGGACCCCAACAAGAGGUUGCCAGAUGAUUAAGAAAAGCAGAAAAAACAUAUUUCUGCUACGCAAUAUUAUCAGUCUUUGGUUAUAACAACUGGUAGACAUGCAACAGGGAUGAUGAUGAUGAAGAUGAUGAUGACAUUGGGGUUGAAAGAAGACCUUGCUUUGUUUUAAGGGGACACCAGCCAUAAAUGUUGGGGAUCACUGCUGUAAUAUAUAACAUUGUAAGAUGAUUUGUCCCAAGAAUCCACAUCAGAGGGGUCUCUUGAGUGGGUUUGCCAAAUCUUCCAACAAAAAUUGUAAAGCUUUGAUUAGAACAGUGUGUGUACUCAUGUCAUUGUCUAAUUGUGCUGAGAAAUUGCGCUAUCCCUGAUUUAAACUUGUAUGAGUAUAAAUCAAUAAACUUCUCAUUAAAACUAAAUACUUAAAAAAAUAUAUGUAAAUGAGGAUGUUAGUCUGUUCAUAGUGAGUGGAAAACGUUAGAUGGCAGCAGUGCGCCCUCAUGUCUCAGUUUAGGUGAGUGGAGCCCCAGAAGCCCACGGGUGAAAUGUGAUGCUUUGCGUCUCAAAACCAUUCGCGUCUCUCCAUGAUCGCGUUACCAGUGUCAGUGUAUCAGAAUGGAAACACACGUUCCGGUUUCACCUUUCACAUUAUCACCCCCGCUGACCUCCAAGAGUUGCAACAGCAGUUCAACCAACAGCGAUGCUUUUAUUUUGAAUAAAACGUCUCUUAUUUCCGAUCUUAUCCCGGCACCCUCUUGUUAACUUGACAGCAUUUAUCUCCACGACAGGGAGCCUGCAAGCGACAACUCUCCCAGAUUGACACAGAAUGGAGAGAAGCUGACGCACCGUGUUUUACCGGACCGUUAACUUUCCUCCUCAAGCUUUUCCUCAUGCCAUCACAGCCUACAUGCUUCGCUAGACCAGGGAAAAAUAACUGAAAGAUAAGUUUUGUAACAGUUUGACCACUAAAGAGCUGACAAUUCCUCCUCAUUGUUUUUUCUUCUUCUUCUUUUUGGUCACUUUAACCGAGUUAUUACGCAUGAUGCGCAAAGGGAUGGCUCCUCUUCGGAGACAAAACACGGGAUUACAAAACGUUUUUUAUGUCUAUCUCUCUAUUUCAGUGGCUUAUUCUUACAAUAUAGACUUAGAACAUCCGUUGGUGUUCCGCGGACUAAAUUCUAGUUUUUUUGGCUAUUCUGUGCUGGAGCAUUAUCAUGACAACACACGCUGGGUAAUAGUAGGGGCACCGAGGGCAAACUCUACCUACAGUAGCUCUGUGCACUCUCCUGGAGCUGUAUAUAAGUGUCGAGUUCACAGCAACCCAGAGCGCCGCUGCACGGAGAUGGAUCUGGGAAGAGGAAACAAGCCGAGAGAGUCGUGUGGGAAGACAUGCCAAGGAGACAGGGAUGACGAGUGGAUGGGGGUCAGCCUGGCUCGCCAGGACAGAGCCGACGGCAAAAUACUGGCUUGUGCUCACCGAUGGAAAAACGUCUACUACGACUCAGAGCACAUCCUUCCACAUGGAUACUGCUCCAUCAUUCCUGCCACUCUUCAAGGCAGUACGAAGCCGCUCAUCCCUUGUUAUGAAGACUAUAAGCAGAAGUAUGGGGAAGAGCACGGCUCAUGCCAAGCCGGGAUAGCGGGAGUUUUUACGGAGGAGCUGGUGGUGAUGGGGGCACCGGGGUCAUACUACUGGACUGGGACGGUCAAGGUGUACAACCUGACUUCUGACUCUUUCUACAGCCCAAACAAAGAAGACGUCGACUCGCACAGAUACAGCUACCUUGGCUAUGCUGUGACUGCUGGACACUUCUCCUCUCCAAAUGUAAUAGACAUAGCUGCAGGGGCGCCUCAGCACAGCGGCAGUGGAAAAGUUUACAUUUUCAAAAUCGAUGGUGUGUCUUUGGUGAAGAGUUUUCAAGCCUCAGGGAAAAUGAUGGGCUCUUACUUUGGCUCCUCAUUGUGUGCAGUUGAUCUGAACCAGGACGGCCUGUCGGACCUGCUGGUGGGGGCACCCAUGCACAGCCAGCUCAGGGAUGAGGGCCAGGUGUCUGUGUACCUCAGCAAGGGCAAUGGGGUGAUGGAGGAGGAACGUGUUUUGAGUGGUGACAAUGCUUUCAAUGCACACUUUGGAGAAUGCAUCACGGCUAUCGGAGACAUAGAUGACGAUGGAUAUCAAGAUGUGGCCAUAGGAGCACCUAAAGAGGAUGACUACGGAGGAGCCGUUUAUAUUUACCAUGGGGAUGCCACAGGAAUCAUCAGCAAAUACUCCAUGAAACUGUCUGGGCGCAGUGUAAACCCUGGUCUGCAGAUGUUUGGCCAGUCAAUCUCCGGCAGCGUGGACAUGGAUGGUAACGGGUACGCAGAUAUCACUAUCGGGGCUUUCAUGUCAGACAGUGUGGUGCUGCUGAGGACCCGGCCUGUCAUUACGGUGGAUGUCUCCAUCUUCCUGCCCGUCUCCAUCAACAUCUCAGUGCCACAGUGCCACGAGGGCCACCAGAACCUAAACUGCUUCAACGUCACCGUCUGUAUGCGCUUCCGGGGAAGACAGCUGCCCGGACAGAUAGAGUUGCUGUAUAACUUGACAGCUGAUGUGGACAAACGACAGAAGAGCCAGCCUUCCCGAGUCUACUUCACUCAGAGCGGAUCUCAGAUCAGCCAGAAGAGCCAGCAGCUCAGCCUGGACAUCAACAGGGAGGAGUGCCAGCGCUACACUGCCUAUGUUAAGAAAGAUGUGAAGGACGUGUUCACAGCCAUCACGUUCGAGGUGGCUUACAGCCUGGGGAAGCACGUGCUGACAGGACAGGAGCGAGACCUGCCCGCGCUCGCUCCGGUGCUACGAUGGAGGAAAGGAAACAAGAUCGCAGCGAGGAAUGAGACUUGGUUUGAGAAGAACUGCCUGUCAGACGACUGUGCUGCAGACCUAAGGCUUCAUGGGAAACUGUUGCUCUCUGGGUUGCAUAGCAUAUCCCAUUUGGCCCUCGGAGGAGUGAAGAACGUCUCUUUGAACCUGACCAUCUCUAACGCUGGGGACGAUGCCUACGACACCAGCAUCUACUUCAACUUCUCCAGAGAAGUUUUCUACAUCAACUUCUGGCAGAAGGAAGAGAAGGGUAUUUCCUGUGGACUUGUUGAUUUGGACUUCCUCAAAUGCAGCGUGGGAUUUCCCUUCAUGAGAGCACAGACUAAGUAUCAUUUUGCAGUGAUUUUUGACACGAGUCAGCUCUCUGGGAUAAAUGACACAUUGCAGUUCUUAGUUCAAGCAAAAAGCGCCAAUCCCGAGCACAAACUCUCUGACAACAGUUUGGAUCUGUCCAUCCCUCUGGUGCAUGAGACUGACACGACUAUUACUGGUGUGGUGACCCCGAGCUCCUUUGUGUACGGAAAUUCCAUCGAUGCCUCACGCUUCGUCCAGCUGGAAGACAUGGAGUGCAACUUUCAGCCUCUCAAUCUCACUUUCCAGGCCAUAAACAAGGGGCCCAGCAGGCUGCCUGGCUCCACUGUGGACAUCAGGAUACCCAACCGGCUGACUGGCAGCGGAGCUGACAUGUUCCACAUCAUUGAAACACAGGUGGCUGACGGCCGAGGGAACUGCACCCCUCACAGGAACCCGACACCGUGCACCAUCCCCCAAGACAGAGAGAGCAUCUUCCACUCCAUAUUUGCCUUCUUCACCAAAUCAGGGCGCAAAGUAUUGGACUGUGACCGGCCUGGAAGAGCAUGUAUGGCAAUCUCCUGCAGUCUGGGUCCACAAUUAAAAGAAGAAGCUUUGAGCAUAGAUAUAAAACUUCUACUCAACACUGAAAUUCUUAAGAGGGAUAGUUCCUCUGUGAUCCAGUUUGUGACAAGGGGCAGCGUGCAAGUAAAUGGCAGGGCAGUGGAGGUGCCAAAGGGCCUGCCAGAGGACAUUUCUCUGGUGUUCGAGGCUCUCCACAGUCAGGAGCCGAGGGGUUACGUAGUCGGCUGGAUCAUUGCCAUCAGUCUGCUGGUGGGAAUCCUCAUCUUUUUGCUGUUAGCUGUGCUACUCUGGAAGAUGGGAUUCUUCCGUCGGCGCUACAGAGAGAUCAUUGAGGCUGAAAAGAACAGGAAGGAUAGUGAUGAAAGCUGGGACUGGAUGGAAAAGAACCACUGAGAGUUGCAGUGGGGGGUGGGGGGUGGGGGUCCCAGAGGAGCCAAUGAGAUUAGGGAUUGGGUCGGGAAGGAUCCAAUAGCACGUGGUCUCGCAGCCCAGCCGCCCCAGUGGCACCAGGCCCUUCAGUCUUCCAUAUGUGGAAGAGAAGAAUAUUCUCCAUAUUUUUUGGAGACUUGAUUUUUUUUUUUUUUGUGGGUGGGGGUCCAGGAAACAGGCUUCUGAGGUGACAUUGUGGCUUGCCAGAGGACACUUGCUGUGGAAUUCAGCUAAUCUCAAAGGAGGUAACUCCCAGCCAGCGGAGCGGAGCUGUUGAUGGAGACCCACAUCCGUAUGGGGAUGUGGAGACGGCAUGAAUACUGGUGGACAACAAAACCCUCAGGGCUGUGUUACAUAGCAAAUUUAUUUUUAUACAUACACUUUAAGCCAUAUUGUGUAAAACUGAGCUUCAAGAAGAGUUGGGGUUUUGAAGGCCAUUAUAAACAUACUGUACCUACAAUAUGUUUUCCUAAAAGCACUGAUGUUUGAUAAGAAUGAAUGCCUUGGCUCCAUAGCUUUACUUUUUAUGCCAAAGAUAUGUCCUGUAUAGUAUGUGAUUGGAGUCGUUUGUAUAUUUAGUUCUUCCUGGGAGUGAAAGAUUGUAUCUUUUCUUUACUAUUUCCAGCUUAUGAAUAUCUGUUUUACACAUCUGACUGCCCCUCUCUCCUACAGAUAUUCAGCCAGAGCUAAUUCUGUGUGUAAGACCCACACACACAAUUAUUAAAACGCUGUGUUCUCAUGUCAUCUGCUGGUGUUGUCAGAGGUGUCUCAGAAGCACUAAAGGCCCAGUAAAAGCGCUCUCUGACGUCAUUAGGACCAUAAAAGCCGCCUUUCACAUUUCAAGCUUUGACUUUCCAUAAGCAUUCCAUUUGUUAUGGUCUGGCUUUUAACCAAUUGUUUGUAGGUGAUAAAAGUGGAUGUAACAUAAGUGAUUUUGUCAGAUUUAAAUCUUAAUCUUUACUCUCUGCAAUGCUUUGAAUUAACAAACGCUUUAAAAGUGCAAUGUGCAGUAGAGUGAAUUAUCUGAAGCUGCUUUUGCAAGGCACUGUUGCUCAGGUAUGCAGCUGACUUUUAGAUGGACCCCAAAGUUUCCAGUGAAGAUAUCUUAGUUGAUUUUGUUGUAAAUUGUCACUGAAAUGCUGUAGGAAAUGAUUCACUAUACGUCAUGACAUACGACCUGAUCAUGAUUUAUUUCCAAAACCUUUCCAGACUUCACCUAAACAGACCAUAUUUAAUUUUACUAUUAUGUUAUUAGGCAUUGGGUUUUAGCGUGAAAUAUGAGAUACAUUACUCUCCACGGCCAGAUGAAAGUCUGCAAUGGGAGUCCACCUACAGUCAUUUAUAGGGGCCCAUGGCAUGAGUAAUACCCUAAAAAUAGGUGGAAAUGUGCUCCACUCAAUCACUACACAUAAACAAGCUCUUUGGGGCUCCUGGGAAAAGCUUAUUUUAAGUCAACAUGGAGGAAUGUCAGUGCCCUGAAAAUCUGCCACUAUUAAAGUUCACAGCUCCUCAGUACUCAAAGUUACCCCACAUGUACUUGACAGUCUUUUUAAAGCUAGGCUUGGUUGUGAAUGAAAUUUUGCUGAACACAGUGAAUUUGAUUUUAUAUUAAUAGUCCCCAAAGAAGUAAGAAUAUUAGCUAUUUUAUACAUUUGAAGAGCUUUAUCACAAAAUAACAUGGUAAAAAAACUUAAAUUAUGCUCCAAAAAAUAUAUUUUGAUGUCAGUUUUGAAGAAUUUAUCAAUGACCGUCGGGUGAUAAUUAUAUUAAAAGAGAUAUUCAGUAUGUUAGGAUGAAACCCUGCAGUCUCAUGAAGUUUGGGUGAUUUUGCAGAAGACUUAAACGUGCAAUGGGAAAGAACAGAAGAAUAUUUUAACAUGUUUCACACUUUUCUCUAAGACUUCAGUGCUAAGACACUUUAUGGCUCACUGUGAUUGCUUGGCUCUCUUUUGUGUUGUAUGAAUCUUUUAUUGAUCCGAUACACUUUUUUUUACCAUUUAAUUCCACUGGCAUGACGGCAUAUACUGUACACGUUCACGUCUUCCCUCUGCAUCUGUUAAAUACCUGUAUGCAGAGAAACCGACACUUGACAUUUUUUGAUAAAUCUUAACUGUGAUGGUUAUAUUUUGUUUGGAUGUUUGUUGUCACCGUUAAUCACACCGUUAUUUGGGGUUUUGUUCUGAGUACUACUACUGUCACUGAAUAUCAUUUCCAUUAUAGUGUGCUGUAUGGUUGAUGUUUAAAAGUCAUGUUUGAGCUGUAUAUUUAUCUGUUGAUAAAUUUUAGAGUGAAAUUUCA